UAUUUGGCAAUUGAUAACUUUGGAUUUAAGUGUUGACUUUUCACUUUUAAAGAUCAUAUCCGAAGACUACCAGAGUCCAGAACGGAAGUAUUUUUCGUAUUUUUAUGUAUUUCCAUUGAGAUUAAAGUAAUUUUGUUGUAAGUGUGUUUUACUAUCAUUUAUAAUGGCUCACAUCCCAUUUGAAGUAUUUUCACACAAACGACAAGUGUGUUCAUUGUACAAAAAAGCUUGUAGAACUAUUGAAGAUUGGUAUCAUUACAGACCAUUAAUGCGAAUUAAUGUCAUUCGUCUAAGAAAGCGCUUUGAUGAUAACAAGAAUAUCAUUGAUGUAAUAAAAGCUCAAGAAUUACUCAAAAAGGGAGAGAAAGAAUUAUGGUCUAAUCAACAUUAUUAUCCUCAUCAAUUUCCGACUUCACCUGGUGGAACAGCUUAUGAACGCGACUGUUUCCCUCCAGAUUGGGUUUUAGACAGUUGGCAUCCUUUGGAAAAAGCUCAAUAUCCUAAGUACUUUGCAAAACGAGAAGAACUUAAAAAGGAAUAUACAGCUAUAUGGGAAAAACGUUGGGGCAAACCAUUUAUACCACAUGAUGAACAUUAAGUUAAUUGUUCUAUUCAAACAUGUUUAGUUGAUUCAUCUCUUAAUAAUUAUAGCAACUUUAUUGAAAAUAUAUUAUGUAUGUAAAUUUAAUUAUUAACUUAGAUUUCUGAAUAAAAUUACCAAGUUUCAGUGUACACAGAAA